AUGAAAGAUCCGUUUCCCAUCGCGCCCAUCCCGGCGCUCUCCAAGGCCGUUCAGCCCUUGGCUGAUUAUCUGUCGCUCCCCACGCUGCCUCUGCACAUCCACGAGGUCCUCAUCAUUGCCGCCUUUUACCACUUCAUCCUGGUGGUUGUCUCUCCGGUCGUGUCGAGCCGCCUGUUCCCGGCACAGUACAAGAGCCUGUCGAAGAGCAAGAAGCUGAAUUGGGAUGUCCACGUCGUCUCCCUUGUCCAGAGCACCCAGAUCAACGCGUUGGCCCUCUGGGUCAUCUUCACCGACGACGAACGCUGGGACAUGGAUGCUCAGGAGCGUGUUUAUGGUUAUACCGGCGGCGCCGCCCUGAUCCAGGCCCUGGCCGCCGGCUAUUUCCUGUGGGACCUGCUCAUCACUGCCGCCAACGUCAACAUCUUCGGGCUCGGCAUGCUUGCCCAUGCCAUCAGCGCCCUGCUGGUAUACUCGUUCGGCUUCCGGCCAUUUGUGAACUUCUACAGCACCACCUUCAUUCUCUGGGAGCUUUCCUCCCCCUUCCUGAACGUCCAUUGGUUCUGCGACAAGUUGGGCCUGACGGGCUCCAGGAUCCAGCUCUACAACGGCAUCGCCUUGAUCUUUACCUUUUUCUCAUGCCGCCUGGUUUGGGGUACCUACAACUCCUACAAGGUCUACAACGACGUGUGGCCCGUUCUUGGGACUAAGCCACUCUACAUUCCCUCGACCCCAGAGGCUGCCCAGAACCUGGGCGUGGGCGUCCCCGAACGGUACGGGUCGACGAUGCGAUUCGUGGAUGACUCAACCGUGAUCCCCCUAUGGCUGGGUGCCAUCUAUUUGGGGGCCAACCUGACUCUCAACUCCCUCAAUUUCUACUGGUUCGUCAAGAUGAUCCAGGCUGUCCAGAAGAGGUUUGAUCCGUCCAAGAAGGGGGAAGCGGAAGAGAAGACGAUCCAGGACGGAGCCGCGACGACGACUUCCAUACACGUCAAAUCUGAAAUCACGACUCGGCCUCGUAGGGGAACCAUCCUGGACGGAGAGGAAGGAGAUCAGCCUCCCCCCGUGAUAUAA